AUGACGAACUCCCGCACGAUGCAGUACAUCGGCCUGCUGCUCCUGGCUGCCAUCCUGCUGCAGACCAUCGCGGUCGCCGUGACAUUCAUCUACUUCAGCAACGUUCUCAACUCGAUGAAGGAGACUUUCUCUAAGAGCAGUGUAUCAUGUCUGAUGCCCUCCAAUCUGCGCACACUGAAGGGAUCAGACUGGAACAGUGCUGAGGGGAAAGACGACCCCUGCUGGCAGGUCACACAACAGCUCCACUUUCUGAUCGAAAAGUCGAUGUCUAAUCGCUACCAGGAUGAAAUCUCCUCAGCAGUCAAAGAUGAAGUGUCCAGAGUCCUUCCAUCGCUGGUGAUUCAGGACCAGGACACCCUGCCACGACCCAAAAUUGCUGCCCACGUUACAGGCAGCUACGUACCGGAUACAGACAAGGAUGAAGGUGCCUCCAACAGGAAGGUGGACGGCCAAAAAAUCCAGUCAUGGGAAUCCGAGAAAGGCCUGGCGUUCCUCCAGAACGUGAAACUGAACGACGGCGAGCUGGUGGUGCCGCAGGCCGGCCUGUACUACAUUUACUCCCAGACGUAUUUCAAGCAAACGCUGGUGCAGGAAGAGGAGGAGGAAGGGGAAGACGGGGGCACGACGAGGGGCACGACGAGGGGCAAGCCGAUGCUCCAGUACGUCUAUAAGAAAGUCAGCUCGUAUCCGGUGCCUAUCCUGCUGAUGAAGAACGCCAGGACGACCUGCUGGUCCCGGGACGCCGAGUACGGACUCUAUUCCAUCUACCAAGCCGGGCUUUUCCAGCUGGGAGGUGGAGAUAGGGUAUUUGUGACUGUGAGUAAUGUGAGCACCAUCGACAUGGAUGAGAAGUCGAGCUUUUUCGGUGCCUUCUUGGUAAGUUAGGUCCGACAGACAGACAAGGAGAUUGUUUAACGCUCAGACUCGGACCGAUAGGUGAGCAGGACCGGACUUGCUUGGCUGCUCGUCUCCUGAGCUCCCUUUGAAUCGCUGCCAAAGAGCAAAUCAUCUGUAUAUGUGGGCUGUAAUACACCGUCAGGCCAGCGCGCCUACUAAAAUUAAAGAGGCCUUUCAAAAGUACGUGCGCCCGGCUUGAUCGAUCGGCGGCGACACCGCGGCGGACUGAAAACCAUGAGGACCGUGAGGGUGAAGCUGAACCCGUCUGCCCGAGCGGCAGCACCAGUAAUAGCCCGUUAGGUCGCUUGGGUUACUGUGGAACCCAGUACUGUGACCUGGUUGGCAGGAAGGAUGUAUUGUGCAGGUAGACAAAAGACUCUUGUUAAACAUCAAGGGAUAUGUUCAAUCCUAAAAAUUCAACAGCACAAAGAGGAAUGCCCCGCUUUAGAAAUGGAUGCAUAGAAUAUAGCACAGUUUUAUAUUUGUACAACAUUGUGUGUGUGUGUAUAUAUAUAUUUUAUUGAUAAUUUUGAACCAUCGCAAUUAACAAUAUCUGGACAUAUUGUACUCACUCACUCACUGACUUUCUUAACCGCAUAUCCAAUCAGGGUCGUGGAACCUGAAGCCUAUCCCAGCUUUUCAAUGGGCGCAAGGCACACAGUAACACCCUGGCCAGUCUAUCGCAGGGCAGACACACACACACCUAUAGGGCAAUUCAGUUUCUCCAAUUUAUCUGACUGCAUGGACGAAACCCAAGGACCCGGACCACCCCACCUGGGAUCGAACCGCCACCGUGCUUAAUCAAUCCAGAACGAUCGACAUAUUAGUUCCUCUAAAAAAAGGCUGAACGAUUUGUAUAUUGUCUUGUAAAAUACUGUGUAAUAGCUGUUUAAAUUUACCACCGUUUUACUGUGGCUAUGUGAAUACACUAGGAAACACACUGAAUGAAGUCUUUCCAUAUGACCUAUGACGUUUCAGUUCAUGAUUACGCCAUUUCAAAGCCUAUUUCUGAAGCAAUACAAUGUUAGUCUGGUAUUCUGGAGGCCUUGAUGUUCCUAAACGUUCGGUGGAUCUGUGCCACAAGACCUACCUUUUAAAAAAUGGUCU